CCAAGAGACACUUGAAAGGUGCUCAGGAGCAACCCAACCCCACCUUCUCAUGACUCGAGAAGCAUACUGAGGUGUCUCCUUGUUUCUUGGUUCGCGUGGCAUCUGCUGUUACAAGAUCGAGAUUGGUAAGCUUGUUUGACACCAACAUCUGAAUCAGCCACCGUCGCCGAUCACAGCUCUUUUUCUGGGGACUUUCGUAACUGUUCGAUGUUUAUAUAGGUGUCGAGUCAACCUGACCCAUCAUCACUCUUCUUCGAAGUUUUGAGCUUUUUUCCAGCACGAACAUGGCUUCGCAGGGGAAGAAACUCAUCAACGACCCAGAUGAUGUGGUGACCGAGUUCAUCGAGGGUCUUGUGGAAACUUAUCCUAAUUUGCAGUACUUGGACGGUUUUCCUGAGGUGAAGGUUGUGGUGCGGGCUGAUGUUUCGCCUGCUACGUAUGACAAGGUCGCCGUUAUAUCAGGUGGCGGUAGCGGCCAUGAGCCAGCUCAUGCUGGAUUCGUGGGUGAAGGGAUGCUGACAGCUGCAAUAUGUGGUGACGUUUUUGCUUCUCCACCAGUUGAUGCCGUUCUAGCUGGCAUCCGAGCUGUAACUGGUCCAAUGGGGUGUCUACUUAUUGUCAAGAAUUAUACCGGUGAUCGCUUGAACUUCGGAUUGGCUACUGAGCUGGCUAAAUCCGAAGGUUACAUGGUUGAGAUGGUGAUUGUCGGAGAUGAUUGUGCUUUACCUCCCCCUCGAGGCAUAGUCGGGAGGAGAGGAUUGGCAGGGACAAUUCUAGUUCACAAGGUCGCUGGAGCUGCAGCCACAGCUGGGCUCUCACUUAAGGAUGUUGCAGCAGAGGCAAAGCGUGCAUCAGAAAUGGUUGGGACGAUGGGUGUUGCAUUAUCUGUUUGCACGCUACCAGGUCAGGCUACUUCAAAUCGUUUAGGACCAGGAAAGAUGGAACUUGGCCUCGGAAUCCAUGGAGAACCAGGUGUGGCUGUGGCUGACAUUCAGCCAGUGGACAUAGUGAUUUCUCAUGUUUUAACAAAAAUAUUGUCACCGGAGUCGAACUAUGUCCCCAUUUCACGAGGUCAUAGAGUGGUUAUUAUGAUAAACGGGCUCGGUGCCACCCCAAUUAUGGAGCUCAUGAUUGCAUCGGGGAAAACAAUAACUAAACUGCAGCUAGAACAUGGACUAGCUGUUGAUAGAGUAUAUGUUGGGUCACUUAUGACUUCUCUUGAUAUGGCAGGAUUUUCAAUCACUAUUAUGAAGGCAGAUCAAUCAAUUUUGCAGCGGUUAGAUGCUGCAACUAGGGCUCCGGCAUGGCCUGUUGGAGUUGAUGGGAAUCGCCCAACACCAAAGUUUCCGGUUCCGAUGCCACCAUCUUCCUUAAAAGCUAUGAAUGUGUCAUCAAGUCGGCCACAGGAGCUGAGCAAACAGGGCCUGCUUCUCGAGGCAGCUAUUGAAGCUGCAGCAAAAGCAGUUAUUGAUAUUAAAGACCAGUUGAAUGAGUGGGAUGGCGAAGCAGGAGACGCCGACUGUGGGUCAACAUUGUUUAAAGGUGCAACGGCUAUUUUGGAGGACUUGAAAAACCACUAUCCUCUCAAUGAUGCUGCAGAGACAGUAAACGAGGUCGGGACAUCCAUAAGAGUGAUGGGUGGAACUAGUGGGAUCAUAUAUAACAUAUUCUCUAAGGCUGUAUACGCGAAAUUGAAAGGGAGUGCUAUUUCACCAAAACAAUGGGCCGAAGCAUUUGAAGCCGGCAUCAAUGCUAUCAGUAAGUAUGGAGGAGCAAGUGCUGGUUAUCGCACAAUGUUGGAUGCCUUGAUUCCAGCAUCUAGAGUUCUUCAUGAGAAGUUGGAUGCUGGCGUGGAUCCGGUAACUGCAUUUGUUCUCUCAUCUGAAGCAGCAUUGGCUGGAGCAGAGUCAACAAAAGAGAUGCAAGCACAGGCUGGGCGUGCAUCUUAUAUCUCUGAGGCAAACCUCCGAUCGGUUCCGGAUCCAGGUGCGAUGGCCGUGGCUUCAUGGUAUAGAGCAGCUGCAUUAGCGGUCAAGGACAAGAUGUCGGCUUCCUGAUCUUUUGAGUUCCUUUUAUGCUACUACAAACCAGAAUAUCACCGGGAUUUUGGCCAAUGCCCGAUGUCUUUGAGGCUUGAUUCUGUUCAUUUUGUUGCUCCUGAAACAGAGUGAGCAGGUUAGCUGUAGAUUCUUUCUUAGGAAGAAAAAUAUCAAGAUCUGUAAAUUUCAGUAUUUUUACGUACUUUCUACAAAAAUUACAAAAAGGGAUAGUGACACAAAUGGUCCUUGAACUUUGGCUGAA